GGUAUCUCCUUGUUGGCAUGGGUACCGCAGGAUUUCUCGAUUCCUGUCUAAUGCGUUUUGGGAUCUUGCCCAAGCUGAGCUUUUUAUAUGGCAUGAUGGAGUGAGUACUAUUAUCAAAGAUCUAGCUUCGUGCAUUUCACUUCUGAGUGGUAUGUAUAUAGAUGGGAAGAUAUCCUCUUUCAUUUCGUCAUUCAACAAAUCGAGCAUCAACAAGUUUUUGCAGCAUCACAACCAAUACCUUUAACAUUCAUCGACGUUCACCGUUAUUACCCGUUCAUACCCUCUCAUACCUGACCAUUUCGUACCAUAACUUCACCACUCAAUCAUGUCUCGCAACUCAAAAUCGUCCCGUCAUCAAGCAAGAAGUACCGAGGGCAAUCCGGAGGACAUGGUUGAACAAGUCAAGAGCAUCAUCACUUUGCUAAAUGAAAUUGUCUCAAUCAGACCCCAUGAAUGUGAAACUUAUAUUCCCUCUGCUCGCUCAGCUGUCACUGCUCUUGAACACAUUCGCUUUUUUCGCGACCCAGCACGAUUUGCUGAGCAAAUCUGGAUCAUCCAAGGACUGCAAAGCUUUGCUUUCUACGACGCAGAUAACGGAAGUGUAGUGGAUAUCGCAGACUUUUGCCAGAAUGCAUGGCUUAGAGUUUUGAGAAACUAUCCGGAGAAUGUUGACGUCUUGACAGGGUUGGGUAAGAAUUGGCUCCAGAGAUCUCAAGUAACUCUAGCCCGCAUUCAUUAUGAAGAAGGAAAUGAUACCACAGCACCACCCAAUGACCCCCGCAGACAAGGACCCCUCUAUGUCGAAGCCCGAGGUUACCUACAACCAGCUGUGGAUUUCUUCACUCGGGCCAUUCGAGCCGCUGAUGGUCUCGGAUACACUACUGGUGACCUGUUAGCUUCAGCUGCAGAGUCACACAUGAGUCUAGGCAACGUAUCUGCAUCUCCGGCAGAUGAACACGCUUUCACUCAAGCCAUCCGAUAUUUGCGUCGUGCGGAAACAACACAGGGGUAUCAGUUAUCGGAUCAUAUGCAACAAUAUCUUAAUGAUUAUGGAAGAUAUGUUUCUUAACUUCUCCGUCCCUUCAUUCUUUUUCUCCUACAUCUUUUACACCCCUGACGACAUUGAUCAUUUCGGCGUGUACAACAAUAGCAUUCGGUUUUCGGAGUCAUUGUGGGCAUUUUCAGGAACAGCAUAGAAUUGCAUAGCGGCGGUGAUUAGAUAUUGGGCGACCAGUUUGAAAUCCCAGGGCAGAUCACUUCUGGUUUGUAAUUUUAUUUAUUAACACUGUUAACGAUGGCAUCGAUUAGAUUUCUUUUGGGGCAACAUUUUUCUUUUUUAUUGGCACCGCAUUGUUUUACAUUCUGCUUUUUCCAUGAGAGAUCCUCUUCAUACUCUUUACAAUCUCUUUCACUUCUCUCUGCCUAGGUCGAUCCUAGAAACUGCAAAGCGGGCCUGUGCUGUUAGAAUUUAGCAUAGUUAGAAUAGCA